AUGUCCAACCCCGAGAUCUCGCCCAAGGCAACUCCCUCCAUUGAGCUCCCACCAGGGAAGGUGAUCUGUCAGGUGUCGGCCGUUAAUACGACUGCCAACCUGGCCGUCCCUUCAGACACUCUGGUUCAGCCACCAAUCCCCGGUCAUGAGCUGAUGAACUUUCCAACCAUUGCCUUCCUCAUCACUCAUCCUUCAGGGGACCAGGUCAUGUUCGACCUGGGCACCCGCAAAGACUUCUGGAACCUUCCUGGGCCUACCGCAGCUGUCAUUGACGCCAAGAUUCCUGGCAUCAAGAUCGAGAAGAAUGUCAUUGACAUCUUGGUCGAAGGGGGAGUUGAUCCGGCAAGGCUUCGAGCCGCCAUCAUUAGUCAUUGGCACUUUGAUCAUAUUGGAGACCCAAGGACAUUUCCUGAAACCAUGGAGUUUGUGGUCGGUCCUGGGUUCUCUAGGGACUUUCUACCCGGUUAUCCCAUCAUGGAAGGCUCGCCGUUCUUUGAAGACACGUUCAAGGACCGCAAAGUCAAUGAGCUCAGCUUCUCAGAUCUAGUUGUCGCGGGCUACAGAGCCGUAGACUACUUCGGCGACGGUAGUCUAUAUGUUCUUGAUACGCCUGGUCAUGCAGUUGGCCACAUGUCCGCCCUCGUCAGAACCACAGUCGAUACAUUCGUGUUUCUAGGAGGCGAUAUUUGCCACUUUGGAGGGUCAUUCAGGCCAACUCAAUACGCUCCAAUGCCCGCGAACAUCCAACCCUCCACCAUCAUCCCUCACCAUCGUCAGGUGGCCCCGUUCGCCUGUUCUCUCUUCACUGCCUGUCACCCAGAUCAGAGACAUGCGCGCACCUCUCCAUUUUACACACCCCGUUGUGGUGAAGGAUCAUGGUACAUCGACCCUCCUACUGCGGUAAAAAGCAUCGAGAGCUUGACGGUUGUCGAUGCAAAUGAGAAGGUGCUUGUUCUCAUUGCUCACGAUCCCGGGCUGCUGCACACCCUACCAUUCUUCCCGCGUGGUGAUAUCAACGAUUGGUACAACGCUGGGUGGAAAAAGGGUCUGAGGUGGGCGUUCUUGGACGAGCUUCCUAUCCCAGGCAAGACUCGGAAGUUCCUUGCGGAUGGAACAUAUAGAGAUGGUGUAUGUGUUAGGAAAUUGGAUGUUGCUUCUGCUGAGUAA